AUGAAGCCGCAGCACCCGUCUGGCCCAAAAACAAUACAGCUACUCAGCCGGACCAACCACCUCAUGGCUGCGAUAGAGCAGCCACUGAUACCGCACCUGAUUUAUGAGAGCUCCUGGAUAAAAAGGCCAGUGCGGCCAGGUCCAUCUAUGGGUGCAGAGGACAGGCUCCGGUGCGGGAGUAUGGUCACCACGGCAAUCAUACCGUUGGAAUAUCAGUCCGGAAUCAACACCGGGAGCAAUAACGGCCAGCAGCAGGCCGCGACACAGCCAGAUACAAAGGGGCUGCACACCCCUUGUGAUUCACGGAUGAGCCCUAACCCGUGCCUGCCGCCGCCGCCCUCGUGCUCGAUCCACAGUCCUGCCGCCGGCCUCGCGCUCUACCCCGUUUUCAAGUCGUCGUCUCGGAGCUUACACUACCUCGCCCCUAAGCUCCACCUCGUCAUCCACCCGUCCUUGCAGUCCGCCCCUCCCCCCGAGCUCCAUAUCCCGAGAUCGAGCCGUCGCCCUCUCGAUUCAACAUCGAACCGCCGUCCUCACACCGCCCCCUCGACAUCCCGCUGUCGUCCUUGCCAGUCCCCGCUCCUGCUGCUGCCAGGGCUCCAUCUCUGGGCUCCCGCUGCUGUCCCACCUGCUGUUGCUGGGGCUCCAUCUCCGGGCUCUUGCUGCUGCUGGAUCUGCUGCUACCGGGGCUCCAUCUGCAGGCUCACGCUGCUGCUGGACCUGCUGCUACCGAGGAUCCAUCCCCUUCGAGCUAUGCCCCUCUCAAAGACAGUUGGCAUCGUGUCUGAGUGAGGUGAUGGCGGAAGACAAUAAUGAUCAUUGAUACAUCAUAGAUGGAGCUGGAGGCAAUGCUGCAAAGAGUGUCAAAUGGAGGUGGCUUCUCAUGGUA